AUGGAGGAUCUGAUGAUGGAGCAGGGUCUGAAGGACUGCUACUCAACUGAGGAGAACUUCAGCACUAACUAUAAGAUGCUAAACACUCUGGACAAAGGAGACUUUUCAGUGGUGAAACGGGCCUUCCACAUCCCCACAGCUACCACUGUGGCUGUAAAAAUUCUUCAAUACACCAAGAAGUAUGCCUCACACAUCUGCAGGGAAGCCAGGAUUAUGAAAUCACUUAGCCAUCCUAACAUUAUCAGGUUGCUUCACGUGGUCCAGAAAAGAAAGACCACCUACCUGGUGAUGGAGUAUGCCUCAGAGGGAGAUCUACAAGAUCGCAUCUUCCAGGUGGGGACUUUAGAGGAGAGUGAGACUCAAAGGAUGUUCUCCCAGAUAGUAUGUGCAGUACAGUGUUGUCAUGACCAUCACAUUGUCCAUAGAGACAUAAAGGCCAGCAACAUUUUGAUCGACUGCAGGGGAAACGCCAAGCUGUGUGAUUUUGGCCUGGCUGCUAAAGUGAUUCCUGGGCAGAAGCUGGCUGGUUUCUGUGGCACACUGCCCUACUGUGCCCCAGAAGUCUUUCAAGAAAAGGAAUAUGAGGGCUUCCCUGUGGAUAUCUGGAGUUUAGGGGUCCUCCUGUUAUUCAUGGUGUCCGGGAACUUGCCUUUUCGAGGUAGGUCUUCUGUGGAUGUGAGGCAACAGAUUAUUGCCGCUAACUUCAAGAUUCCUCCUCAUGUUUCCAGUGAUGUUUCCAACGUCAUCAUUGAACUGCUGAUGAUCAACCCUGGUAGGAGGCCCACCAUCCACCAAGUCAUGAGAUACCCCAUGAUCAGGGACAGUGAGGCAUGUUUACCACCUACUUCCGCACAGGUUUUCCCAGGCACCCCGAACCCUAGCACUGUAAGGACCAAGAGAGUCAUCACAUAUAAAUCUGACAGGAAUAUGUCCUCCUGCAAUCCCCAAGAGAAGCUCUGUGGGUCCCUGCAGGCAGCUAAGGGUGGAAGCCUCACAGGCUCCUCCUCUGGGGAUACGUUGUAG